CAUUACCUGUCUCAUAAAAUAGCACAGUAAAGUAGUUCACGUUCUUGGCUCAAAUAAAUAAUAAAGACUCAAAUGGAUUUUGCUCGUAAAAUAUUAAAUAAAUACGGAUGGAAAGAAGGAGAUGGUUUAGGAAAACAUAACAAUGGCAUUGUCAAACCCUUGAAAGCUAGUAUGAAAUUUGACAAUGCUGGACUUGGUUCUGAUCAAGCAGCCAGUGAUUUCAAUAACCAUUGGUGGGAACGCGUUUUCAACGAGGCCGCAGAAAAUGUUGAUGUGAGAACGACAAAAAAUGGUGUAAGUGUGGACCUGAAAAACAAAGACGAAAGUGUAGAAAUAUCUACAAAGGAGUACUCGGUGAAAAAAUUGAAAAAAGCCAAGGAUCAAAGUUGCCCAAGUGACAACCGAUAUGAUAACUUUCUACAAUCAGCCACUCUUACAAAAUCGGGCGAUGAAAUUGAAAAUCCCAACAAAAUAGCUGUUGCAGACAUAUCCGUUAAGAAAUACAAACCUUUAACAGACGAAGAGUUAUUUCGUGCAUGUGGGGGACGUACUGCUCAUAAAGGAGCACGGCAUGGGUUGAAAUUAAGUGGAAAGCUAUCUCGUAUAGAACAGCAAGAGCAGGAGCUUCUAGCUAAAAUGGAAGAAAAGAUCAAGGAAUCGGCAAAAAAGGAUUUGAAAAGGAAAUCUGAUUUAAUUGUGGCACAUGAAAAGCAAAAGAAAAAGAAAAACAAGAGAUGCGCGGGACAUGAAUUAACCGAUUUAAAUUUAAGUAAAGAAAUUAAUUCUUUAACUGAAUUAAAGAAAAAUAAACGGGAAGAUAGUCCUGAAAAUAGCAACAUAAACGCAGAUGUAAACGUCAGAAAAACAAAGAAAACUAAGUUAGUGACUACCGAUGUUGUUCCAGAAGAGGUGCUAAAUGUAAAUGAAACCACAGUUUCUGGUUCUGUCAAUUCAAGCCAAAAUAAAAGGCGAAAAGAAAACUCCGAAGACCCAUGUAUAACACCAGAAAAAAGCAAAAAAUCAUCAAAGAACAAAAGAAAGCUAAAAUCGGAAGACCAUAUGGUUGAUGAACAUCAUGAUAAUAGCGAAGUAAAUAUAUCGAAUAAAUCAGAAAGUAACAAAACGAGGAAAAAAACAGAAAUGCCUUUAAAUAGUGAUAAAUAAAAAAGUAUAUAUACAUAAUAUUUUAACUUUUA